AUGGCGAAACGCAAUACAGUCAUAGGAACACCGUUUUGGAUGGCGCCAGAAGUUAUUCAAGAAAUAGGCUAUGAUUGUGUAGCGGAUAUGUGGAGUUUAGGAAUUACGGCAUUGGAAAUGGCUGAAGGGAAACCUCCAUACGGUGACAUUCAUCCUAUGCGAGCCAUAUUCAUGAUACCUACCAAACCUCCGCCGUCUUUCAGAGAGCCUGACCAGUGGUCUCCGGAGUUCAUCGAUUUUGUUAGUAGGUGUUUAGUCAAAAACCCCGAGGAAAGAGCGACUGCUACCGAAAUGUUGAGACACGAAUUUAUUGGAAAUGCUAAACAACCAAGUAUUCUUAGUCAAAUGAUUGCUGAAGCUAGAGAAAUCAGAGAAAACCAAAGCUGUAGGACGAACGCAUCAAGUGCUUUGAAGCAAUCGCACGGUGAUAGUGAUGAAGAGGAUGGCGUCGAUAGCAAGACGAUGAAACAGUUUGCCUGUGAUAGAACGCUGAUUGCUGACCGAACCCUUGUGCCCGACCGGUCCAAUACCUUAGCUGAAGAACUUGGCACCAUGGUCAUUAAUAGUGAUCCAGAAGAUGAAUCCACCAUGAAAAGACACGAUACAGGCCCUGGUGAACCUGGAAAGAAGUAUCGACCUCUUUUUCUGGACCACUUUGAUAAGAAGGAGGCUGAAGACUAUAAGGAUGAUCAAAUACCAGUAUCUUCAGUAGCAAAUAUUAGUCAUACACCAUCUGUACAGAAUAAUGUGGGAAAUCAAAGGUCGCCCGGAAUCAGCGCCGCCGAGCAGCAGAGGAUGAUGGCCGCCAUUUCGGGAAGUGCGCUGCGACCGCCUCCGCCACCGCCCCCGCAACCGCAGCCGCCUCCACCCCCGCCGCACCCGGCGCUCAUCCCCACCCGAGAAAAUCCGCCUGUUUUCCCCUCCGCAUUUAUUGAGGGCGACUUUGAAUUUCUAAAGUUCUUGAGCUAUGAUGAGCUUCAGAGUCGUAUGUCCAGUUUAGACUCGGAAAUGGAGCGAGAAAUCGAUGAACUUGAGAAACUGAAAACUUGACCUACUGAAAUCCUA